AUGAGCAAACUCCGAACAUUUUCAACCGCGAAGUCACUGCACGCACAGCCUGCAUCUAUACAGGCCACGCUGGCCGAAAGAUCUCAGGGCAAACUUAGCGAACAGACCCUCGAGAGGGCAGUCCGACAAGUCCAUCAUGACGGGCUUGUAAUUGUCCAAAAUGCUAUUGACACUGGUGUUCUCCGCAAGUUGAACGAGAAGAUGGUCAAGGAUGCAUUCGAGUUGCGGUCGAGGGGCGAGCAUAGUCCCUUCAAUUACAACAAAGGGAAUCUGCAACAGGAUGCGCCUCCUGUGAAGGAAUACUUCCAUCCGGAAGUAUUUCUGAAUCCAAUUGCCACCCAGAUAACAUCGGCCGUGCUUGGGCCCCGUCCCAAAUUGACCUUCUGCUCUGGGAAUUCAGCCAUGCCCUCCACAUCAGACUCUCCUGCCGAGAGACAACCUGUCCACUCAGACGCAGAUUUCGCACACCCUGACCAUCCCUUCGCGCUGGUGGUCAACGUGCCGCUGAUUGAUAUGAUUCCUGAGAACGGGUCGACUGAAGUUUGGCUGGGCACACAUGAAGCUUUCGGGAUUGAGGCGCAGGAAGGGGCACACGGCGAGCGAGCAUCAGGAAGAAUUCGUGCUCCGUUGCUGGCAGCAAGGUCGAAAACAAACCCACCCAUUCAGCCAUCCGUUCCCAGCGGUAGCAUCAUCAUCCGUGAUCUGAGACUCUGGCAUGCUGGCAUGCCAAACACGACUUCAGACGUGAGAAUCAUGUUAGCGAUGAUCCAUUUUGCCCCUUGGUAUCGCAAUCAGAUGAGGCUGGAGCUUGCUGAAGAAUUACGACCACUGGUGGAGAGUGUGCGCGACCUUGACAUCAAGACGGACUUUGUGGGCGAAGACGAGGCGUUGAGAAGAUACCUGAACAGAGGUUUCGGGAACAGCUACGACUUCGGGCAGACGCCUUUAAAGAUCCAACCCCGGAAGAAUGUUGGCAGACGAACGAAAGGCGCAAAGGGUACCAUCGAGCAAUUCGACGAGCCUCGUGUGAGACUGCAGGACGAGGAGAUCGCCCACUACUUCGUACACUACCUGAAGACACUGGCUCCGUGGUAUGACCUGAACGACCUUGACCAGGCCUUCAAAAGUAUCGUGGGCAGCAGAGCUCAGCAGAGCUCCUUGCUGCUCAGCGCCAUCAUUGCAUUUGCAGCUAUACAUAAGAGUCGGACGUCUCACGAUGUGCCCAAGUCGCUGCCAGAAAAACAUCAUGCUCACUGCUUGCGUCUUUUGAUCGGACUCACCGAAACAGCCCCAGCAAUCAAGGACGGGACAGCCUUGGCUGCAACAUGUCUGCUGCGAUCGUUUGAAAUUCUUGCAGAAGAACCGCUGCUCAGGGCCGGUUUGUGGAAUUAUCUCCGCGAAGAUAUCACCUUCUCGCUCAUCAACCGCUGUCCCUUAAAAAUCGAGGUUGGAGCAAUAGACAUCGAACUGCAUCGCGAUGACAACUAUGCAAAUCAAAUCACGAUUCUCUUGGCCCGUGUCAUCAACGCCGUUUUCGCGGGAGGUUCAGACCUUCUCGUCGGCUUACAAUCAGCCGUCAGUGCUUGGAAUUCGUCUAUACCAUUCAAGCCUUACCAUGAGUCCCACCAAGGCGUAUUUCCCAAAAUCCAGAUGUUCGAGGAUUGUCACGUCGCUGCAAGGCAAUAUUGGCAUGUCGCGCAGAUCCUCCUUGGUCUAAACACCGGUAAUACAGGGGACUUUGAAGCACACGCCCGCACCAUAUGUGGGAUGGCCUUUUCUGCGAACAGUUUGGAACCAUCGAACUGA